CUCGAACAGUGUUGCAUAGCGAGCAGCGCAAAAGAAAACUAAAACAAAAACAAAAAAACAAAUAAAAACUGUGCAGUUUCUACAAAACAAGUUAAUCGACGUAUUAUAAUUGUAACAAUUACAACGCAGUGCUUUCUUAAAGUUGUGUGAAUAAUUUAUAAAAAAAAAAAAAAUAGUCUGCGGUUGCCGCAAACGAAAAUGCGUCAUACUUGAAAUUUUGCAUACGCUGCGUUAUUAAAAUAUCACCAAAUCAACAUUAUGCAGGAACAACAACAACAACAAUUAUGUGUAUUAUUUCUUUUGACGAUUUCAUUAUGCUGCAUUGCGUUGACAAAGGCGAAUUCACUGAGCUUUCGCGAGGAGGAUUUAGGUGUCGCCCUGACCAACACUACAUCGGAUGAGUUCGGCAGUUCCAUGGAGCAACCUCUGAGAAGACCAAGCGUUUCAGAUUUCGACGAGGAUGAUGACAACGAGGAUGAUUAUCUGUAUGCCAAUGGAGUGGAGAGUGGAGAUUCACAUGACUGGGAUGUGUUGAUAUUCACACAACAGUGGCCGGUGACCACCUGUUACCACUGGAGGGAGCAGGAUCCCUCGCACGAGUGCCUCUUGCCACAGAAAAAGGAAUUCUGGACCAUACACGGCAUUUGGCCGACAAAACUCGAACAAUUUGGUCCAAAUUUCUGCAACAAAUCGGCGGAAUUUAAUCCGGAUCAAUUGCAGGCAAUACUGGAGAGAAUGAACACAUAUUGGCCGGACUUGGAAGGUGCCGCCUCCGAGGAUUGGCUGUGGAAACACGAGUGGCUUAAACAUGGCACAUGUGCCGCUCUUCUGGCCGAAUUAGAUGAUGAACUGAAGUAUUUUGGCCAGGGUUUGAAGUGGCGCGAGAAAUUUAUAAUGUCACGUUUAUUGGAUGAUGCUGGCAUACAUCCGGAUUCCAAUAGCACGGUGAUUGCCCUGAACAAUGCUAUUGUGCGUGGUCUGGGCAAGAAUCCCUCAAUACACUGUCUUUAUGAUGGCAAACAUGGCAUUAGCUAUUUAUCCGAAAUACGCAUUUGCUUCAAUAAAUCAUUGGAGCUGAUUGAUUGCGAUGGUGUCAAGCAUGCUGAUCUGGUGGCCAUUAACUAUCCUGGUGGCACUGUCAACACCAAUUGUCAUAUCGGCAGUCCGGUGCAUUAUCCCAGUCUGGUGCCGCCUUUGCAACGCAAGGAGGAAUGGAAGUUUCCACUGGUCAACGUCUACAAGCUGCUGCAAUUCCUCAUGUGGUUCACAUUGUAAAAGUUGAAAGACAGCGACAGCGACGGCGACUCUCAAUUCUCUACAUCAUUCUAUAUUUUGUAGCCUCUUUUCACUACACAAAAUGUGUACAUUUUUCUACCUUUUAAAAUUUACUUUGCUUUAUUUUUAAUUUCAAAUCGUAAGGCAAGCAAUGUAAAAAUUUUAAUAAUUUAAAAAACUGCAAUGUUACAUAUUUUUUCUAGUGGAAAGAUGUUAACUAUAGCUUCUUUUA